GCGAAGUCUCACGCCAUUUCCGUGUGAGGAGGAAGAAGAUGAAGUCAGUGAAGAAAUCACGCAGGCAGAUCGCUCGGAAAUACCACCCACAACCACGUUCACCCACUCGUGAUAUGGUGGCAGCGUUGCUGUCUGAAGCUUCGAACGCUAGGUUCAAGCAGUAAAGAUUUGAACGCAAAGCAAGCAAUGGAAUCUACCGAAUGACACCGGGCCGACGACUAGCAGUUGGGUACCAGCUUCGAUGACAAGUAUACCAAAUCCACCCAAGCCCACCCAAUUCGGUGUUUUCGGCGACCUCUGGAAAGUUUUGUAAUUGUGGAAAAGUUAACAAAGAACGGCAAAGAAACGGCAGACCACGGAAUGCACGUUGGGUACACUGAGUGAAGAAAGCGCAAGGUUUUCACUUGGGAAGGACCUGUAGCAGUGGUGUCAACAGCUCAAAGACAACAGCGGGAGCAUCUGCCUAGUGUCUACAUCUGUGAAGGUAACCGUUAAUAAAGCACACGAGGCAACGAUGUAUCCCACGCAAGCAAUGAAAGAACUCUGGGACUCCUCAAUGUACACCGUAAGAUCUCGUGCACAACGGUGACCACCAACAGCAUCCAGCCUCUACUACUAGCGCCUUCUUGUGAAGGCACAAAACCCGCCAUGUUGCACUUGACCCAAAUAUGUACUCCGCAUCAUCACUAUACAGUAAUGGUCUGCGCAAGACCAAGCCAGUGUUGCUGAAGAACAUACCUCUUCAGGAUCAAACAAAAUAACUGCGGAUACGAGAACUGCCCCAACAAAACUUGAGGCAUGACUUAGUGAGGACCCGGAACACUACCACGGUGCAUGCAAUGGCAUACAACUCAAGCCGUUGUCGCAAAGGACUCGUCGCCACGCGGACCAGCUGGGUGAUGUACCUCCUGGCGUGCUGCAGUUCUUGGAACUCCUGGUGCAGUGCAUCCGAGUGCCCGAGUGCCUGUUUUUGUGACACAGACAGCCAGUAUGUUAGUUGUGUCGGAGACAGCACGUGGAAGGUUCCUCAGACAUUGCCAGCUCCCAGCGAAAGACUGGAACUACGAAACUUUGCGGUGGAUACACUCACGAAGGAUAUCUUCAAUGGACUGGUGGCACUGCGCGAGCUCAAACUUCAACAGAGUCAAACCCGCAGUAUCGACGACGGUGCUCUGAUGGGCCUCGCUAUGCUACAGAGAUUAGACCUCAGUCAGAACCUACUGGAGAACUUGACAUCUGGCACAUUCAGGGGUCUGCAGCAGAUGAAGUACCUCGAUUUGUCAUCCAACCAGCUCGUCCACAUAGACGGAGCAUUUUCGGACUUAGGAAACCUAGAACAGGUCAAUCUUCGUGGGAACUGCCUCACUCAACUGUCAACCUACACCUUCACUGGUCUGCUUCGAGCACAGUACCUCAAUCUCGACUCGAAUCUGAUAUCGAGCAUCGAAGUGGAUGCCUUCCAGGACCUUACAAACCUCGCCCACCUGAUACUCAGCAACAAUCCGCUUACAACGCUUUCACGACUCGAUUUCUUCGGUUCCCGCCUCCAGUACAUAGACGCUUCCCAUGUAGGGCUAACACGUGUACCUCAGAGCCUCACACGCUUUGUUCGUGACCUGCGACUAAGUCGUAAUAACAUCACGAAGAUUACCCUCGGAGAUUUGGACAGCUAUCCACAUCUUGGUCUCCUUGUGCUCGAUGACAAUGCAAUAGAGGACGUUGAGGAUGAUGCAUUGGGACGGCAGGAGUACUUGGCUCGCUUGUGGCUAAAUGGAAAUAAGCUACGGAAGAUACCACUACACCUCCCAUCAACACUAAUAGCCUUGUAUAUCGAAGAGAAUUCUAUAAGUGCAAUAGCGUCCUAUAGCUUUCGAGGCCUCACCCACCUCGAACAACUGUUCUUACAAAGGAAUCAGAUCAAGACCUUGGGAAGUUGUGCCUUCUGUGACCUCAUCAACUUACGAACGUUAGACCUCCAGGCAAACCUGAUAGAGUCUAUUGAGGAUGAAACGUUUACAAACCUCACCAAUCUUCAAGUGUUGGAUAUCUCUCAAAAUCCUAUCAAAGUUAUACAGCCCUACUGCUUCAGCCACCUUGAAAGGCUGCACACACUGCAGAUGUCUAGGCUGUCCGAAACAAUUCGGUUUGAAGACUUCGUUUUCGACUCCUUGAAGAAUUUGACCAUACUAGAAAUGUAUGACAGUAGUGUGAUCGCUGAAAGAAUUGUAAAUUCGACCAGGGCACUGCAUGGAUUAAGGAACGUACAAGAGCUGAGUCUGGUGCAUAACAAGCUGUCAUAUUUGAGGUCAGACUUCCCUUCCUUCCUUCCAAAGUUGAAGGUUCUUAAGAUCAGUGGAAACAGUUUUCACUGCGACCGAAAGAUUCGAUGGCUCACUAGAUGGAUGCAAACAUCAAGUGUACAGUUCUACAGCAGUUACAGCAUUCGCUGUGCCACACCACCGGCAUUGCAAUACAAGCCAGUUAUGCUAUUAACAGAGAACGAUUUUUCUGAAGCAUCUACAGCUCAACACGCCGUUCCUACUGUGGUCUUUCAUUUAUCUACAGAAGUUGCACGUAAUGUGAAUGAAGCGACAGAAGCGGCAAAUAUUCCUACGGUUCCCAUUCCGCAGCCACUCCGUGACAGCAAAGCAGAAACUGCUCCUAUUCAUCCACCCUCUGCUCAACCCAAAACAAGUACCAGGAGCCCAAUUAAUACAACAGAAGAAGCACAGCCACCAUCUUUGGUGAAAACUACAGCACAACCAAUUCAAGUCGGAGCAACAACAGCAAGAAUAGCAGCAGCAUCCACUGUCGAUCGUGACACAACUGGUUCAGAAAACGCAGGUGUUGACCAACUGACUGGUCAUGAAGAAACAUCGACACAUGGGGACAUGACAACAUUGACAGUCCAGUUGCCAUCAACACAAAGACUUGAGAGUACCAAACCACAAGAGAGCUUUGCUUCCUCAUCUACUGAAAAUCCAGUACAUUCAUCAUCUGUGCAGACAAUAUAUGUAAGCAAGAUGAAACCAACAGAAGAACUACAGAACAGUGCGCCACUUAUGGCUUCAACAACCUCACCAUUGUCUACCACUGAACAAGCAAGCACACAAGAAACACAACGAACAUGGUCAGGACAGGGUGCAGCUCUUGUUCAUCUAUGGACCGAAAACCCAAAAGCAUUCAACCACACAAACAACGGGGCUGUCCCUAUGGUCAGUGGCUUCUUUGUCAGCAAAGCACAUGCACACGUGUCUGAUGUGAGCCCAAUAGCACUGGCUUCAACCGCUACAGCAGUUUGCUGCUUCCUCCUUAUUGGUGUACUGGCAGCAGCGACCAUCACGGUUCAGAUGCGACAUCGCUGUUUCUGGUGCCGUAAGCAUUAUUCGCGAAUGCGCAGAAGCAGCAGCAUUUCUUACAGACCUCAGAGGGACGAGGUGAAUAUCCUCACUGUAUCUGAAGGAACAGUUGGUGUAAGGACUAGCACACAUACAGAAAUAGGCAACAAACUGUACUAUGUUAUGGAGAACAGGGAUGGCGUGCUUGAUGCAAUGCUUGAACCACACCUUCAAGAACUUAUUCCACAACCCCUUACAGAAAACCAGUGGCGAAGUAAUCAUGUGGCAAUAUAAGGUGAAUCUCGCAUGUUACGCUCUAAUAUUAACAGUGCAAGAGGGAGUAAGAUGCACCGCAUGACCAUCGAAUUGCUUCUAUAUCUGUGCAUAGUGCUGAACUGAAUACAACUGAGCAUGCACUGGAGCAAUGUGAACUAACAUGAAAAUGUGUACAGCAUUGUACAGUGUCUGCCCCAGGGCAAUUAUGGACAAGAAAUGUGGACAAUUCUGUAGCUGGAUUGCUAAGGAAUCUGGGUCAAUGUACGCUUACAUACGACUCCUUUAACAUGCAUGCUGCAUAUAAUGUUUAUGUCUGCUAGGCAUCACUGACAAAAAUGCUUGAUGUACAAAAGGAAAUACUUGUGGCAUGUCAUAAACAAAUUGCGAUUGGGAAAGGCCACUUUCAUCACGCUGAAUAAGACUGGCUAUAUCAUUAAGCUGUUGUAAAACAGAAACUGUGACGCUGCUCAGGUGAAUGGUUACAGGCAAAUCUUACGACUGAUCAACAAAACAAGCCCUGAUCAAACAGAGGUUUGUCUUUGAUCUUCCAAGUGAACAAAACUUACUACAGCCACAGAACAGUUUGUGCCAGAACAAUUAUUUUUAUAUGAGAAAAAAAAUCCCAACCUUAAGAAUUACAGACUCAGUUUAUUGAGCUUCCAUAUAUUCAUGGGUUUAUACAACGGAAAUAAAGGCUACUCCAU